AUUUCUUCUAGCGACGAAGCUGUGCUAACUAGCGCAUUGUUUGUUCCUCGUUGUGCUCUUCUUUGCCAAACUCACCCCUCAGAUGUCAUUCGCAGACCCGUUACAUCUCACGGGCCGACUAAUUGCCGCCCCAAGGUAGCAUCACCGGCAACAAACCACACAGUCAACAUUCCAUCUUCUGCCCGCCUGCUAGCCAAAGUGGCCGCCAUUCCACUCUUGGUCGAUCUGCACAGCCACGCGGCACCACCCUAAGAGAACGGCGUCCAGCAAGCGCCCCGAGACAGGUCUUUCGUCAAGCUACCUACCUAAGACUCUUGAUAUCGUCAUACGGCCAAUACGUCACAAUCACCUUGCGCUUUCGCUGCCCUCGAGCAAAUCGCAUCUUCAACACAACAUAACAUCACGGCUGUCCAUGAGGUACCAUCCUCACACAUGGAUUCAUGGACUCGGCGAUAGAAUCCCAGUUCCGACCGAACGGCGGACUCAACGGCGGCACAAACGGCCAUAUUAGACCUUCACACAAGGUUGCUACAGACGGAGCCAUUCGAGGGUUACUUUCGCGUCAGAACAACAAUGACACACGAGGCGGAUUGUUUGGAGACGAGGAGGAUGAAGAGGAAGAGACAGAGUCGCCAACCGAGUCGUCCGUGACAAGUCCAUCAUCAGUGACGUCGCCACCGUAUUGGCUCGGCCACCACCAGCGCUCGGUUUCCAAUAUCUCGGUCGAAUCAGUACUACCCGCCGGCGCGAUCACAAUGCACGAUAACGAAGCGAGCGAUGUCAACGGUCGAAAUCGAGCCUGCUGGGCAAAGAGCGUCGAGAUUACCGACUACGUCGUGGUGAACGGCAGCGCAACCAACAUUGGGGCGUUUGUUGUUUGGAACAUAAGAGUCGAGACAUUGCAAGGGAGCUAUAUGAACAUCCGAAAGCGAUACUCCGAGUUCGACGACCUUCGCGAAAAGUUGGUCAAGACGUUCCCGAAUUUCGAAGCAGCAGUACCACCUUUGCCACCCAAAAGUGUGAUAUCCAAAUUCCGGCCCCGUUUCCUCGAUAAGAGGAGGGCAGGGCUACAAUAUUUUCUCAAUUGUAUAAUGUUGAAUCCCGAGUUUUCUGGGUCGCCAGUACUCAAGGAGUUUCUCUUCUCGUAAUGAUAGUGUCUGAAUACCAAAAUCAACUUACUUCACCUUCUUGUACAUCUUUUUGGAGAUACAUCGGCAGAGCUGGAUACGGCCAGGUAUGUAGGGCGUCUUUCUCACACAGGCGUCGAACGGGCAAAAGAAUGAUGGCCAUCUGCACGUAUAUAGCGGUUUCAAACCGGUUGGACCAUGCAAAAACAUCAAUAAUAAUAAUAAUGUUUUGCACGAUGAACCAUCUUCCCACGACGGUUGUUGUUGAAAUAUCUGCCCGUACCGAGAGAUCAGUGACAGUGGUGACGAUAGAUCAUCGGAUGGGUAGCCGCCAAGCCCGUUGCCGGAAAAGUCUCGGCGGCCGCGGCCGCGUGGGGUACAGUGGAGAUGCCAGAAUAGGGCAGGACGUAAAGAUGCGCCGCCGGACAUGGUCCGUGGCGAUGUGCUGUUCCCGCCGGCGUGAGUCGGGCCACGCUGGUUGGGCUUUUGAGGUGGCUCCCCACAGAUUGACGCGUAAUGUUCAGCAGGAUGUACAGGGCUGGGGAGCGUCACUGCUGACUGGCAGUUGAAAACGUGAGAAUGG